GCUGGGAUGGUGCAGCCGUCGGAUGUGAGAGGCUUUUCCAAGGGCGCUUAUGCGAACGCACGGGCUCAUGACACUCCCGUGAGCUCAGAGAAGAUCCUUUUGGGCCCUUCGGCCCAAACUUCGGCCCGCGCUUCGGGCGUUGCCUUCACCUGGGCCGCAUCGCCUGGCAGCGGCCAGGCGGACGCACCCAGCGAGCGUAGCGAGCGCAGCGACUCGCACGCAAGCCGCCCAAGCCGGCCAAGCCCCAGCCGACUUCUGCCUGUGUCCCACUCCAGCUCCCCAUCGUCUGUCACCAGUUUCCCGCUUGCACAUUCGCACAUCCCUUUGCAGCGGAAGGUGCUCCCGGCCGGAGAGGCAUUGCAGAGGCCCACAGGGCUCGGGCGGGUGACGUGCGACAGGUCUGUUCAGAGACCUUUGCCGAGGGCAAGUUCUGUUGAGCUCCAGCUCCCGCCGCCGCCUCGCAGUUCCCCGGCACGGGAUGUCUCCGAGCUUCACCCUGCAGAUCUCAAGCUCACAGUCCUGACAUCGGACAGUCGCUGGGAAACCUUGAUGUUCCGCUCCGGCGACUUCGAGAAACAGGCUUUGGAGUUCCUGAGGGAGAAGAAGCUCAAGUUUUGGCUCUUGGUGAGCUUAGUGAUGAGAGCCCGCUUGGUCUUGGUUUUCGCGGCUCACCAUGUUCAUAGAAGGCUGUGCAACACGCGAUCUGCACAACGCUUCAUCCAUUCUCGCUUGCCGCCACCUCUGCCACUGUUGAUCCAGCCGUAUGUUCUGUUCCACUCCGUCUUCGUCUUUCUCCUCUGCGAGUCUCUGGUGCGGGUAUGGGACUUGAUGCAGGCAAGCAACUGGCUUGAUCCAUCGAGCUUCCGAUGUGGGGGCACUGCUAUCCGUGGUGCACCGGGGGCCAUCAUGAGACCCUUACGCUGGAUGGCUUUGGCCUGCCCUCCUGUCACCAUCAUAACUUCUCUGGUGACACUUCGCCACUUGUGGCGCCAUCAUGUUGCAAAAGAGCGAACCUUCGACAAGAGUCUGCGCUGGUAUCCUUCGCACUCGCAUGACCUAGCCAUGCAAGUUGCUACCAUGCCGCUGAUUUACGGCGUCUUUGCGCUGGACUGCGUGAUUCAAAUGUUGCUGCUUCUAACCGGGAGCGUUUUCCGGGAGUUCAAGAGCGUGGAUGUCUCCAAAGAGCAGCUUCGCCAUCUGACGCAGGAGCGCUAUGGGACGAAUUUGGAGUUGGCGGACCUCUACGAAGCCUGGGCAUUGUACAACUUUGGCCGAUUGUGCCUCAUGCGAGUUCGCCGGCAGAUCCGUCAGGAGAUCCCACUGCUGCGACGGUCUUUGACCAUGCCGGAGAGCGAGCAUGCAAAGUUGCUGAUCUUCCGGGACCCCGAGCGCUUCCUGUUCCGGCCUUUGGAGGUGACCACCGGCAUCGGUGUGAAGAUCUUCGUGUACACUUGCGCCGUGAAGUCUUUGUUUGCGUUGACCAUCACCUUCUUUGCCGAUGCACCGUUUCACAUCAAUUUGAGCGAGACAGUGCCGUGGGCCUUGCAGCUGCUUCCGCACAUGGAUGGAGCCGCUUUCAUGACCUCCACCAUAGCGAUCUUGAGUUUGAUUGCCAUCGAGCACGGUUUCCAUGAGAUCCUGCAGCUGCAAGGCUUCGCUCCGGUUCUCAAGUUCCUCGGAGUGAAGGCCUUGGUCACCAUCACAUGUUUGCAAACUCUGGUCAUGGGUCUCGUGAUGCAGCGGGGCCUGUUGCGGUCCGACGAGGCGAGCCUUUGCUACGCUUGCCUCCUUUGUUUCGAAGUCCUGCCGCUAGCCCUGUUGACUGCGGAAGCCUGGAAACCCCGCUAUGCGGGCGACUGGUACGAUGCUGAUUGUGGAUGGGGCGAAGGCAACGGCCAUUUGGGCCGCCUUGCGGGGGAAGGCGACUGGGCCGAAUCCUACGCUGUGCUGCCUGGGGCCCGGCUCUCGGCUGCGGUCUCAAGGGCUUCUUUUAUUCGACAAGAGGACUCCAAAGUCGAAGAGAUUGGGUCCUCCGAGCUCGUUCGCUGGAACUCGUUCUGUGAGCUCAAGCGAGUUUGGUGA